AUGCCGCCUCAAAAAAUAAAAACCGAUUAUGAACCUAUUGAUACUGACCCACAUUUUACUCGUGUAGUUAGAUAUUUCAGAAAUUCAGAUUAUUUAGUUUGGGCAGCGACAACAGCUUUUGGUCCCGCUUUUUACUAUUUACUUGAAAAAGGUGGCCGUGUCCCUACGCCAAAUCUAGGUUUUGGUUUAAAACUUAGUGCAUGUGUCGGUGCUGCUGGAGGAUUUUUACUUGCAUAUCAAAGAAGUAGCAUGAGAUUUUGGGGAUGGACUGAAAAUGCGCAAGAAUAUGAACGAGAUUUAAAAGAAAUGAGACAACGUAUAAAAGAAGGAAAACCAUUAUACGGAGUUUCUCGAAUGAAUGAAUAUGCUCAGAUGUCUUCAUCUUGGAUGUCUAGAUAUGCUGCUCUGAGGUUUUCUGCAUUCCCCAUAUUUAAUUUUGUCAACCACAAUAAUCAUGGUGUUGAUACAAGCAGGUAUUAUAAGGAUCUCGAAAAUGAUGAGGAAAAAGAAGAAAAGUUUUAG